AUGGCACCUCCAACAACGAACGGCACUGCCCGUCGCAGCAGCUUCGUCCCGCAACGCGCACCAGUGCCCAUUCCGAGCGAUCAGAUAUCGUUCCCUCAAGUGUACGAAGAUGGUUGGGGUACCGAUGGCAGCCGACCAGAUCUCGAGCGUGCGCGGAUCUUCCUGCUUCGCAUGGCUGGCAUGCACCCAGAAUCGAUGCCAAUGGCAAUGCUGCGCAGUAUUGUCACAGACCCGAAAAACUCAACGGUGCCGGCAAUAGCGACAGCCAUCCAGGAAGAGCUCUUCGAGAGCAGACAUCUAUCCUUUGCUGCGAAUCCACCUUUGCAAUGUGUGCGCUUCAUACUGAUCAAGUCCAAAGUGCACACCCAAGUACACAAUGCUCGAACUCGAGAGGUAAUGGACUUCUUCUUUGAUCCGACGCUGGAACGAGAUCUGAAACCACGACCCUCUGGCCCAAUAGUGACUUACCAAUAUCCAGCAGGCCGACUGAAAGUUUGCAUUGUGGGUGGUGGUCCGACAGCGCUGGCUUCUGCGAUCUCCUUAGCCGAGAAAGGGAAAGGCAAAGUCGAGGUGCACAUGUAUGAGCGACGAUGGGUGUGGAAGACGCGUGCGGAUGGGACAAAAUAUGCAGAUUACCCGCCCACAGCUCGGAGAAGAGAUCAGGUCGUGACCCUCCAAGACUCUGUGACUAGCUUGCUAAGUCCGGAGGCAUUCCAAGCGCUUUUUGCUGGCAAGAAGGAGCCAGUGCCCGCACUUCAAGGCACUGUCUUUCUCCAUACAGGCGGUAUGACGAAGGAAGAGCUGCCUGACGUUGAGGACUUUCAUGUUUUGCUAGGUGCCGAUGGUGCGGCAUCAUGGGUUCGAAAAUCCUACUUCCACGGUUAUGAGAACGAACGUGGGCGAUCCUACGCGCUCGGCCUUGCAUUCGAUCGGCCAGCGGGUCUGCCAUGGUCACAGCCAUUGAAUGUUUUCCUUACUUUAGGCCAGACGAGAUACCUGCUCAACGCCAGCGAUUAUGACGGCCGUGGAUACUUGAACAUGCAACUGACCGAGGAGGAGUGGGACAAGAUGACAUCGAUAGAUGGGCAAUAUGUUCACUUCGGUCGACCUGGCUGCUUGAGAAAGGCUGACGGGAGUGUGCCCGAGGGGUUCGAGGAAUCGCAGGUGUUCGCACCUUCCGAAAACCGUGACAGUCCACUCUGGAUAUCGAUUCUGGACGGAUUGAAGCUCUUUGGAUUCAAGGAGCACGAAGUCAUCAACAUCGUGCGGAUUCCGAUUGUGGUCCAAGCUGUGAAGGAGGGCGUGCAAUUGUUGCCACCAGAAGAUACGCCAAAGCUGAGGCGACCACAUGCCAUUGUUGCUGUCGCUGGAGACGCUGCUAUGACCGUACAUUUUUGGCCUGGAAGGGGCCUCAACAGCGGCAUCAAAUCUGGGUUGGCGCUAGGAGAUGAGCUAGUGCACGCACUUGAUAACGGAUAUUUCAUCGGAAUGCCACUUACCGCUAUGAAGGAGUACAACGACUUUAUCUUGAAGUUGCAAAAGCGCGAGCACGACAAGCGCAGUAUUCCCAUCCUCAAUCAAUCCGGCUCUCCAGAAACCUUGGGCUGGCUGUUGGACAAGGCGAAUAGCGUACCGGACAACGUGGCUAUCGAAUGGCUGAUCGGUGCAAUGGUACAGAUAGCGGAUCGUCUGCAAGGACGAGAUGAUUGGCCAUUCCCUUGGGUGGAUAACGUCGAGCCACAGCUCCGAAUAGUGCUCCGACAGCUCGAUUCCGUGACCCUCAAAGAAAUGGCGGUCAGCUUUCCAUGGCCGACCAGAGAGAUGGCCGGCGCCGAAGUUUUGCCCGUGCGGACCAUGAAGGAGCCCGAGAAGCAGGCGUGGAUGAUGGGCCUCUGGACUCGUAUGCGAGACGAGACGAAGAAGUUGGCGCCCACGAAGGACGUGCCUGAGCGAUCUGGACGUCCAGUGUCGUCUUCAAGGUUCGAGGCACCCAGAUCGACUUCGCCGCUCCCGGCUAGACCCAGGUCUCCUUCUCCUGCCGUGGGAAGUCUGCGUCGCAGCAACGCUACUCAAUCAGUGAGGAAGCCGAACGGACCAAUUGUGCCCAUUAUGAACGGUGGCGAUUCGACGCAACGAAAGGAUUCUCUUGGUGUGCCUAGCGACAGCUUGUUCAGGUCGAGAAGUAAUUCUUUGACUGUUCCUGGAGCUGACCAAGCCAUGGAUAGGGCACGGUCUCCAUCUCCCGGAGGACCCAACGGUCAGGUGAGUCUUGGGAGGAUGUUGACUGUCCAUCGAAAGCCAACAACGGGGAUGCUCGACGAAGCUAUGUCCCUGGCGUUAUUCCGCAUGCAGGAAGCAACGUGA